CUAGAUACUAUUCUUCCGAAGUUCAACAUUGACUUUGUUGUAGCUCUGCUGAGGCAAGAAAAUGCUAAAGACAUCUGUGUCAUCCAGCUACCUCCAGAAAUAAAAUACUGUAAUUAUUUUAUAAUUGUGAGUGGAUCUUCAACGCGACAUCUCCAUGCAAUGGCACACUACAUGCUAAAAAUGUACAAGCAUCACAAAGAAGAAAGCGAUCCUCAUACUCAGAUUGAAGGGCAAGAGACGGAUGACUGGCUGUGCAUUGAUUUUGGUAGCAUAGUGAUGCAUUUCAUGCUGCCAGAGACAAGAGAGGUUUAUGAAUUGGAGAAGCUGUGGACUCUCGGUUCCUACGAUGACCAAUUGGCACAGAUGACUGCAGAGUCACUGCCACAAGACUUUAUAUUUGGACUGACUCCUAACAGCAGUGAUCAUCUUGAAGCAAGAACUUAGUGCAGCUGCUGAGUGGAAAGAGACAUGAGUGUGCCUUCACAGUUCUGAGAGAUAAACAGUCUUGAUUACCAACUUAACAGCCACUACAGUUGAGUGGUACAAAACUGUAUUUAUCAGAUGUGCCUAGGUAAUGUUCUGAACAAGCUACAAAAAUGAUCAGGAUCAUAGAAUCAUUAAGGUUGGAAAAGACCCUUAAGAUUGAGUCCAACCAUAACAUAUCAAAGAAGGAUUCCUAUCAUUAGGGAGCUUCCUGGGGGAGCCACUGUCUCAAUGGAGUUUGCAGUGAGUAGGGCAAAGACAGCUGCUUAAGCUGCAUACCCUAACACUCACAUCCAGCCUCUACAGUAAUUGUUUUUCUAGUGUCUUUGAAAGACCGGCCUGUAGCGGCAAUGCAAAAAGAAGAGUUGAGUGCUGCAGGGAAAAACUAGGUGAGGCUUUGUAUAUUAAGCCAUCUGCUUCUGGUCACAGUGAAGCAAGUAAUGUGCUGACUUGAAGGAGAAUACAGGCUGGUGUUACUGAGCACAUAAAAGCCAUGAGCAGCAGUGGCAAGUAAAUGUGUCAAGUUAACAGAACAGUGAGUCAGUUUUUCAGCCAAGGCCAUUCUGGUUUUAAUAAAAAAAAAAACCAAAACAAUCACCCUGAAGAGCUUCAAUUCUUUGUCUUCACAUUAAAACAUUCAGCUCAUUCGAAGUGUGCAGUUGGCCCCUCACCUAAUUUUCUUCUCACCUUGUUUCUAGAAAAGGACACCGAGGCAACAGGCUAUGGCAGUGUAAGCCUUCAGCUCCUUUCCAGGGGGUGAAAGUAGUUCUAAAGGAAGCCCUCAGUCACUGAGCAUUACUUGCUGCUAAUGGACUGUUCAGCACUUUCAGAAGUCAUUGCGCAGUGCAUUUUUAGUCUGACUGCUGCAUGGUCUAAUAACCAGUUAGAAGAGCUUCAAGAUGGUAACAAAACUGUAAACCAAGAUGCCUUUCUCCACUACAGGAUGGGGGUUUCAUCAUUAGAUCAGGCACUCUUCCUCCUGGAGAAGCCUGCUCUGCUGUACAUCAGGAAGCAGGAACACUUAGGACAAUCACCUUUUUCCCCUCAUAGCCCCACAAACUACUUGAAGCUCUGUCAACAUCUCCUCCCUGAAAAGCAGCUGCUGUUUGUAGUGUUGAAGGAACAUGACCUUGGUUUUUGCUCAUGUGGUCGUGUUGUUUAGGGGGUAAGAGAUGUGUGUGGUUGGGUUUUUUUUGUUUUCAUUUUGUUUGGGUUUUUUCUUUUAAAAAGAAAAAGCUUUCUCCUUUGCUUCAGACAUGUUUUCUUGUUGUGCCUAGCCUCUGUUCUUUCCAGAAUAACUGCCCCUGAGUUCACCUGCUCUUUGAUACGAGGCAGCAAAUAGUUCUGCAAAUUAAGCAAGGAGCAUUUAUUAAAUGUAGUUAAACUAUGCAGAUAAAACAUCUUUGCCCACAAAAUAAAGGUAGUGGUGGUAAAUCUGACUGCAAAAAAAGGUUUUUCAGAAUACUUCAUGAUACUUGGCAAUAAGUAAUCCACAUGGGGGAAAGAUAACCUUGGCUGUCUUACAGAGUGAUGGGUUCUAAAUCAGGCAUUUCUUCCUAGGAGGGAUACGUAGGAGUAACUUUGGAUCAUUCCCUGAAACUAUUUGCCUUUUACUGCUGCAGAUAUGUAAUCCUAGAUGAAUAGGGGCAGAUUCAGCAAACAUUACACCAUUAUACAAACCCUGAUUUAGUAACCAGAACCACAUACAGUAUCCUGUCUCAAAGAGCGCAAUAACAAAAGGAGCGCCCAGGAAAGAACAGUAAGAGAUAGGGAACAGCUUCCACAUGAACAGGCUAGGACUCUUAGACUGGAAAGGGGUAAAAGUCUAAGACAAGACAAAAAAAGAAAAAAAUCUGAGCCCACAAAACCCAUUAAAAUAGAUGAAAAAGCAUAACUGAAUUUACUGCAAAAGCACAUUGUAAAAAGGAGUUAUAUGGAGCAUCUACUGGCUGCUGUUAAGUCAGAACUGCCAGCUCAGGAAAAGAACUUCCUCAUCCCCUGUUUAACAGAAGGAGUUGUAGCCUGUGCUGAGCUGCUGCAGUGCCCCAGCCAGGUGACCUGCCUGACCUGGCCAUGGGACCUGGGAAUUUACAAAGACAGUCUGAACCAUCAGGACUGUGCAACAGUAAACCCUGCUUGGAAGACAAAAAUUUGGGAAUGGUUCAGUUCUACCGAUCAGGUGAAUUCUGUAUAAAGUAAAAAUACUGAGCAGCUUACCCAAUAAGUCUGCAGAUUCAUCCUGUACAGAGGCAUGUGCAGGUUUGGCUCUGUGCAGGAUCCACUGAUGAUGGGAUGACCAGGGGAGACAAUUGUCAAGGUGACACUUGUGUCAUCGUUUCACCAAUUUCCUGCACUGCAUUUGAGUAACUUUGUUACCAAGCAGAGUUUGCGUUCAUCAGUUGAGCUAACGUCUUUGUUACAGCCCAGCUUGAGCGCUUACUCCACAAUUUUUCACGUUCAUUUAAAAAUCCUAUGCCCUGGUAGCAUGUGGAGACCACGCCAUCCUGCACAGCAUACAUGCUUCAUUAAUGGAAACUAAUACAGAGAGCGCAUGCCUUUGAAAUUACAGCUUAGGAAUAAAAGCUUUGGAAGGUUAGAAGCAAAUAAAAGCAUCAUGAUUAAGCAAAUGCUUAACACAGUCAGGGGCUUGGCUGUCACAAAUGCACCAGCGAUACAGAGGAAGGCUGAACUUCGUAUGUUGCUCAAAUGGCAGGGAUGCCAGUUCUGAGAAGAUGGCUCAGUACUGGCACGAAA